AUGUGGUGCAGAAAGAGAAGGGACGAAACCGGAAAGGGGCCAGCGUCCCCGGUACUCACCCCCGGCGCGGCGCCCGUCACCGCCGCUGUCGUUGUCACCGCUGUCGUUGUCGCCGCCGCCUCCCAGCAGUGCCGUCUGGCCUCUGAGAGGCAGCGCGCGGCCCCCGCACGCUCCACGCCCGCCCCGCCGCCGCGCGCUCCCGACGGCCGACGCUCGCCUCCGUGCCGGCGCGCGGCCGUUGCCCUCGGCCUAGGGUCUGUAGCCCUCACGGCGUUCCCAUUGGCUCCCAGGCACGGGCGCGUGCGACGUCCCUCGCGGGGCACGUUCUUCUCAUUCAUGCGGCUCGCGCCUCCGAGCCCGCCCCCGUUCACUCUUCCAUUCACCCCCUAACCCCCGCCCCCACGCCGCUCUGGGACGUGCGCGCGACCGCGAGCGACCGCGGCGACCUCGUCUUCUGAUUGGCUGCAGGGGCACGGCGCCGCAAACACGUAGUGAUACGAGGGCGAGCUCGUUUGGCCGUCGUGUCUGGCUGAUGGUCGGGAGAUGGGUAUGGCGAACUGCGCAGGAUUGGGAACGAGGAAAUGAGCAGGCGAGGUCUUUCUCUUCCUUUGUCCGCUUUCCAAUUUGUAGUGUAGCCAAGAGAAACUUUUAAGAAAAAAAAAAAAUUCUACGUAUGUACCGGAAGUGCUCAAAAAACAAGCUGAUGCCCUUUCUUAGUUCACCAGCCUCCUCCGAGUUAGCCUGGUACAGUCCUGACAAGCGUCUACGAUAGCCAAUCACCGGUAGGCCUUUCCGGCUUCCUUCCUUGCCUCUUCAUUCAUUGGUGUGAGGAUUAGGUAGGGCAGCCCCCAAUUUUUUUUUUUUUUCCUUUAAGGAAUGAAACUUUAUUUAAAACAAUCCGUUGGCGAAAGCGUCAAUGGAGUAAAUUCUCAGACCAUGGCAGAAUGCCUGAGUGGUGGUAUGGCCUGGGCUAUGGCUCACACAUGGAGGAAGGAGGCGGCACGGCCAGUAGAGCAGCCUAAGGAGAGGGUUCUGUCACGGGCUGCGGUAGAUGAAGGAGCGCGGUUGCUAUCCCUAGAUUUAUAGUGCUCGCCAUUGGAGUCAAGCACCGGGAGUGUCCGCGGUGAGAGGCGUAGGCACCUCCACGACUACACAAGGGAUGGGCGCCCUGACCUCACCCAAUUUGAGAAAACAGGCUGAAAAGUCUUUCUAGAAUAGCUCCUGUCCCUGGCGAGCUGCUGGCCAACUCUCCGUAGAUCACGGCACUACAUUUUGCCCUAAUUAGGCUGAGACAGCUGUGGACCCAGUAGCUUUGCCAUAGGGCUCUCCUCUUACAGCUUCAGGCCAUCUCUCAUUUGUAAAGCAGCUCUGUUACAUAAGAGCCCUUCAAAAAGAUAUCCCACGAGCCACUUCCCUGAAGCGAAGGUCUCUGGUUCAGGGUGAUUUCCAAGUCCUGUCAUUGUUUCCUUGACUUGACUUCAAAUGUUACUAAUUUAACUUUGACACUUUAGCCUUGGGCAGCUAGUUAAAGCAAAAAUCUACCCUUUGUUCUUUAGAAUCUAGUCUUAUCCCUUCUCUGACAUAGCAUAUAUGAUCAUUUUUACUACUGGCUUCAGUGCGGCAUUUAUUGCAACCGUUUCGAGUAUAAAUUUUUUUAAGGAGUGAAACUUUAUUUAAAACAAUCCGUUGGCGAAAGCGUCAAUGGAGUAAAUUCUCAAGACCAUGGCAGAAUGCCUGAGUAGUGGUAUGGCCUGGGCUAUGGCUCACACAUGGAGGAAGGAGGAGGCAUGGCCAAUAGAGCAGUCUAAGGAGAGGGUUUUAAAAAAAUCUUCAGCUAUAUGAAUAAUUUUAAGGUAUUAGUUGGAGGUAUUUUUACCCUAUAUUGUACCUAUAAAAUAAGGUUUCCUUAAGAUGAGUCAAAUUUCAUUUAUUUCUCUAAGAUUUUAAAGCUUUAUUUUCUCUACUUCACAAGUUAAGCAUUCUUACUUUUCCUACCUUCUUAAAUAGGAAAACUAUUAUCGUGUGUUGAGAGUGAGAGAGAAAGGUGGAAGGGGAAGGCAGACAAGUCAGGCAACUUUCAGGUGUUGGUUCUUUCUUGGCUUACAUAUAUGGAGCUCAAGUUGUCAGUCACACCCAGCAAGUCCUUUCACCCACUGACCCAUCCUCCAGCCCAGUUUUUCUACUGAGAACCUGUGUGAAUCAUCAUGACUCUUGGCCAGCCUGUACCAAACGGAAAAAGCAUUCCAUCAUCCAACCAGAGGUACUGAAUACCUCAGGGUCACUAGGGACAUUAGACUACUGGAUUGUCAAACCUAAUUUUAGCUGGAUGAGCACUAGCAGAAGCAUAAUCACUGUCCCAAGAUGUAGUGACAAUUUGGGGAUUUUGGUUUCUUUAAAAAA